AUGGCAAAAGAAUCAAUACCAGACAAUGACUGGCGAGUGAUCGUUACCAAGAAGCGAGCACAACUCGACGCGCAAGUCCCGGCCGAGUGGCGUCUCAGCGAAACUUUCCUCGCUUCCAUCCCGGCCAGUGGGCGGCUCAUUGAGGGCGAUGUCGUCCGGCGCAGUGGGAUACUCACAGACGCAGAAUUGGAUAUUACUGAAAAGUAUUCCGCAACGGAACUUCUGCCGAAGCUCGCAUGUGGAGAUGUGAGCUCCCUACAAGUCACGACGGCGUUCUGCAAGCGGGCGACGAUUGCGAACCAAUUGACGUCCUGCCUGACGGAGCACUUCUUCGACAAGGCGCUGGAACGUGCUCGGUUCCUUGAUGAGUACUUGCGCAAGGAGAAACGAGUCAUCGGGCCACUGCACGGCCUUCCGGUUAGCAUCAAAGACAGCUUUUGCGUGCAAGGUAUCCAGAGCACGGUUGGAUAUGUAUCGUUUCUUGCGAGGGAACCUGCGGCCUCGAAUUCAGCCCUCGUUGAGAUGCUGCUCGAUCUGGGCGCGGUGCUGUAUGUGAAGACCAAUGUCCCACAGACAAUGAUGACAGCAGACUCGGACAACAACAUCUUCGGCCGCACCCUGAACCCCCACAACACGACUUUGACCGCUGGAGGGUCAAGCGGCGGCGAAGGGGCCCUGGUUGCCUUCCGCGGCUCGAUCCUCGGCGUUGGCACAGACAUCGCAGGCUCCAUUCGAAUUCCAGCUCUCUGUUGCGGCGUGUACGGCUUCAAGCCCACCAUCGAUCGUAUUCCAUGGGGUGGCCAAGUCGCCGAUAUCGCGAUGGAAGGGCUCCCAGGUCUAAAGCCUGCCGCUGGCCCGCUUGCUCAUAGCUUGUCUGAUAUUAACCUGUUCAUGUCGACCGUCCUACGCGCCGACCCGUGGAAAUACGAUGCCACGGCGAGUCCAGUGCCCUGGCAGGGGCUCUCUGAUACUACAAACCCGCAGCCCGUGCUAACCAUCGGGGUCCUGCCCGAGGACGCCCACUUCCCACUGCAUCCCCCGGUGCGACGAGCGCUAGAUUCCGCAAUUACUGCGCUCUCAAACGCAGGCCACCGCAUCUUCCACCUAGAUUCAGAUCCCACACGAGACCUCGCGUACGCCAACCGCCUCGCCUUCCAGUAUUUCGUCUACGGCCCGCACAUUGACCAUAUCGCCUCCAGCGGCGAGCACCCAGUCCCGUCCGUGGCCAAGAUGUCGUCGCCCAUGUUCACGGGCCCAUUCCCUGUUGACAUGGAGCUACCGCCGUACGAGAAGAUUGAUGCACUACAUAAAGCACGACAGGAAUAUGCCGACGCCUGGCGCAGGGCGUGGGUUGAACAUGGUCUCGAUGUGAUUCUUGCCCCGGGUGCUCAGAACACGGCUGUGCCGCAUGAUACAUAUGGAUGGCCGCCGUAUACGCUAAUCUGGAAUCUUCUUGAUUAUCCUGCGUGCAUCCUCCCCUAUGGCAAGGCUGCUAAGGAGCUGGAUCCCGAGCCCAUGAUAUUGGCCGAUGGCGUUCAGCCAAGCUAUGAUCCCGAUGCGGUCGAUGGAGCGCCCUGCGCUAUUCAGGUCAUUGCGCCGCGCUUCCAGGAUGAAAAGUGUCUCUGGGCCGCCGCGAUUGUAGACCGUGAUAUUCGUUCAUAA